UCACACCAAUUCAUUUAGUCGCUCACCCGACACGACGCGUGCGACAUCAGUUUUGGGGAUGUCAAUUGCGAUCGACGGUUAUGGAUUACACUAAGAUCCCGUAUUUCGCGAUGUUUAGACAGGCCGGUACUGUGAUAGUCAGAGUCAAAAUGGAGGUGCCGGAAUCCUUCUGCAAGCCCGAGGCGUGUCCCAGAUCGGACUACCCUCAACCAGUGCACAGGCCAUCAGGCUGUGAACAAUGUUCUAGGACUAGAUCAAAUAGCCGAAAUAGUGACUGUGAUAGUGAUUUAGUGGACAGAUGUCGACCUUACAGAGCGAGUUCAGCGAGAAGCAGAUACGUCAACGUCUGUGCAGCGGUGUGCUUGGUCUUACUUGUGGGCGGUCUCUCGCCGCAGUCAACAGCAGCACCGCACAAACGAACCAUGGAUAGACAGCGCCGCUCUGCGCAGGAGAACAGCCUUUGGGGAAAUCCUUGCGACUAUGACUCUAAUUCAAAAUCAGCAAAAUAUACAGCAAAACUUGCAAAAGAUGUCGCAUCACAAGCAAGAAAUGCUUACGAGUCAACGGCAAAAUACAAAGAUAAAUUCGCAUUAAAGCUUCACAGUUACCCAAGUUUCGACGAACUAUUGACAGUUUGGAGCAGUGAUGACUGGCUUCGAAAUUUCACCUGGUUCCCUGAAGAAGGCCUGCCCAAAGAGAAAGUACUUUAUCAGGCUAUGCCUGCCGAGUAUAUGGAUAAAUUGAUGAAAAAAAUCGACCAAGUGUUACCGUCGAUGUUCAAAGGAUUGAAAAUGGUAGUUGCAGGGUUGUACUCUAUAUCCAAGGAGGGUCUUAAUGAUGAUAUCUUCUCAGAUGCGAGCAUGAAACAUAACAUAACUGAGAGCAUGCACAACGUGCGAGCUGUUCUUUGUUUGUUCGAUGAAAUAAUGAGAUCGCGUAACUUGGAGAUUAUGCCCUUACCGGAUUCUGAAAUCCCGGACAUGAAGAAUGUGGAUAAACUCUCCUAUGCGUUACUCGUUUACCGAGACACUCUUAACUAUUUGGAGUACCUCGCCCAAGUUUUCCAGACGAUGUACGACAUGGACCCGGAUAAAGCUGAUUGAGGCCAGAAACAUCGGUUGUGUUAACUAAACUUGACUUCGCUGUAACUAGCGAAAAACUGCCCCAUUUCACCCGAAUUUUUGGGCUAUCUACUUAAUUUAAUUAUUGGUGCUUUUAUUUAUGACUUAGACGUAAUUUAUUUUACGUAGAUAAUGCUCUUCAUUUGUCAGUACCGCCUUAUUAUAUAAGACCGUCUAGAUACAUAUUAUGUUUGUGGCUUUCUGACGAAUUGUAUUGUGAUGAUUUAUGUGCUAAAUCAGUAUUUAAUGUUGUGAGUAGUAUAUUUAUUAAUGUGUUUUCGUGUAAGUUAUUUUUGUCUCAAGACGGUCUUAUCUUAUGCGCGUACUCGCCCUUAUUCGUUGAUCCAGUACAAUGAAUCUCGUAGUUCAAUUGUUUGCACUUUUGGCUGUUGAUAGUAGAAAAUGUCUUUGCCAUUACAUUGCCAUUUCGGUCUAGAGUGAAUUAGUUCCUUUUUAUAAUAUAUAUAUAUAUAUAUUUUUGUAAAUAGCUACGAAUUUAAUAUUUAUUUUUUGUAUCAGGCAGCUUAACAUUCGAAAUUUUCCGAUAUCCUAGUCAAGGUGUUAACUUAUUUAUUUCUCGAUUGUUCUAUGUAAUUAGUAACGGUAUUAUGAGACAAUUAGUAUUAAACCAUUCCAUCAAACUCUGUUGAUGUCGAUGUAUUAGCAAAUUAUUUAGUUAAUGUGUCAGUGGCUGGUUCAUAACGACAAUAUCUCUUUGACUUGUGAUUGCGGUCGUGGCUGCGAUAAUUGAUUGUAAUUAUUACAUUUUAUUAUCUAGUUUCAUUACUUUAAUUCGAUACUUUGUUAACUAUUUAUAUUCCUGUUACAGAGAUCCAAUGAAAUAUGACUAGCUUUAAUAGAGCGGUUAAUUAUAUUAUUGUAAAGUACAGAUCCACUGUAUUUAUGACUUAAUCAUUAUUUGUAUAGUUCAAAUAGUAU